UGGGUUAAUUUUUAUGUUAUCCCUUUCCUUUCUUCCUACGAGCUCUACCCAGUGCCCAGCAACCACCGCCGCUUCUCCCCCUUCAUUCUUCUCCCCGUAUCCGAUCAUUUCCAGAUAAAUCCGGUGAAAUUCGGAGUAACCCUUUGCUUCUCUUCGUACAGCGGUCUCCGACUUCCAUUUCACGUCGAUAAAUCUGAGGAAAUCGACAUUAAAUUCGAGUCUCUUCGAUAACGACAUGUCAACUUCUCUGGGUUGCCCGCAACAACCACCGUGUUAGAAUCUCCGGUUUUUAUCAUCCGGGUGUUGUGAUUCUCUGGGGAGGAGUUGUGGGUUUCGAUUGUUUUCGUUAAUGGAGAAGCGGAUCUUGUUGUUUGUGGUGGUAUUGGGGAAUCUAACGUGCGCCGCCUUCUCAUCAUCUUCCUCCGUCGAUAGGUUUUCGUUCUGUUCCUUGGUUUCUGCUGAAGAUUACAUCUUAGGGUUUCGAGAUCGUUAUGGUUCCUUAUCUUUGGAUGAUGGUGAUGAAUUGGAUGAGGAUCCCGGCUUCGUUUCCGUAACCGAGGGAGAUGAGCGGUCGUUGAUCAUCGCGUUGGAUAUGAUUCAUACAAAAGAGUGCGACUAUGUGGCUUUGCUCUUCUAUGCGUCUUGGUGUCCUUUCUCCAGAUCAUUUAGACUGAGUUUGGACGCUCUCUCUUCACUCUAUCCUUCAAUUCCUCACUUUGCAAUCGAGGAUUCUACAGUCAGGCCAAGCAUUCUCUCUAAGUAUGGAGUUCAUGGAUUUCCUACCCUCUUCCUGAUGAAUUCAACGAUGAGAGUUCGCCACCGGGGCUCCAGAAGCCUCGGGUCUCUUGUUGCAUUUUAUAGUGAUGUUACUGGGAUAGAAAAGCUGGACGAAGCUUCUUCGGUUGAGGAAAACAGAUUAGUGCCCAAUCUUGGGAACCAAAGCACCACCGAGCAAGAAAACUGCCCCUUCUCAUGGGCAAGAUCACCUGAGAAUCUGCUUCGCCAGGAGACGUAUUUGGCACUUGCCACCGUGUUUGUCCUUUUGAGAUUGCUCCAUUUGGUUUUCCCGACACUGGUUGUGUUUGUGAAAUUCACAUGGGGACGGGUGGCUCAGAACAUGAGCCUCGAGAGCCUGUCCGAACACACUGUCUCAUAUCUCAGCCGGGUCGUACGGUUACGGAUGCAGCUUAAAGAGCCUUGCAAGAGGAGCAAUCUGCAGGAAGGAGCCAUGAAUGCCAGAGCAUGGGCCUCCAAGUCCUUAGCGACUGUUUCGAUCGGCGAUUCGGGCUCAUCGAGCAGAGGAGCUUCUGCUUCUCAGUGACGUGAACCCCUCUAAGGCGUGCAUGAUUUGGUCGUUCAGAUGAAAAACUCUGGACUGCAUCAGUCAUCUUUUACCCUUUACUUGUAUAACGAGAGUUCCUCAGGAAUCAGUAUGGCUUUGAGGGGUUUAAUUUAUAGCUAAAAACAUUAUAUGUAGCAGAUGCAGAUGCAAAUGCAAUUAGAUGAUAACAUUGUAAUCUAUUCAUUUUCCUGUCAAUAUGAAACCUGAAUUGAUGUGUUCUUCUUC